AUGUACUACUAUAUCGUCGAUGUAGGGCUGUGCGUAUGCAAGACGGCCGAAAUAGCUGUGCCACCAGGCGAUAUAAUUUCGGAAUUGAUAGUACUUGUAAGCCAUGUCACUAGCACUGAACAAUGCUCAAUUGAUACUGUUGCUCGGCAGUAA